GCGGGAAAAAGUCUCGGAGAAACGAAAGGCUAAGCACGAACGUGACAAUCAAGAAGAGGUCGAGCAAAGCUUGAUCAGAAAUGGCGUCGGCCUCUCCAUCUCUCCUCCCCUGCCAGCGUCUCUGUCGCGGCCGCCUCUCCCUCUCCUCCCCGCCACGCUUCCCUCCUCGCCUCGCCACCCGUCUCAAGUUAUAUGUCAGACAGGGCUUGACGACACAUUCCGGUUCAGUACCAGCUCCUGAUGAAAGCAGGGGUCAGGCUUUCCGACUAUUGGCAAAUCCUAAGAUGUCUUCAGAAAGAGAAAGCUCCAUUAAGGAUGUGAUCAUGGUAGAUCCUUUGGAAGCCAAGCGUUUAGCUGCUAAGCAAAUGCAACAACUUCAAGCAAAAGAGAAAUUUCAGAGAAGACGUCAGAUUGAAGCGAUAAAUGGAGCAUGGGCGAUGAUUGGUCUCACAGCAGGCUUGGUAAUUGAAGGUCAAACUGGAAAGGGUAUCUUAAGCCAGUUGGCUGGAUAUUGGGAUGCCAUCGUCCGGUAUUUUGUGCAGUAGGCAUCUUCCUGGUGGAGCUGGGUGUACAUGAGAAGCUACAGAUUCUGUUAUUCUUUGAAAUGUAACUUGUAGAUUUCUUGUUUGUUCCAUUUCUUUUUUCCCUUUUUCCACGUUUGUGUUGUUCUCACGGCACAUGGCAAUGACAUCUUUACGGAUACAGGAACGCAAAUGCAACAAGCUUAUGACUUGACCAGCUAACAUAUUUCUCAUUCAUUCUACUGUUAUUAGAUGCACUCAACUCAGUCAAUUAUCAUCAAUUUUCAUCGCAUGUUCACAGAA